AUGGCGAAGGCUACGACGGCUGCUACGGCGGCGUUCAGUGGAGUGGUCGGUGUAGGAUCGGAGAAACGAAGGAUUUCUUCGUUUUAUCAUCUUCAACCAUCUGUGGCUUUUCCGGCGAAGCCUAAUUCCUUCAAAGCUUUGAAAUUGAAGCAGAGCGUUGGGCUCACACGGCGGAUUGAACGUGAACAUCGGCCUUUCGUUGUCCGAUGUGAAGCUACUUCUAAUGGAAGGCUUACACAGCAAGAGUUUACGGAAAUGGCGUGGCAAUCGAUAGUUUCUUCACCAGAUGUUGCGAAAGAGAAUAAGCAACAGAUUGUGGAGACAGAGCAUCUAAUGAAAGCUCUUUUGGAGCAGAAGAAUGGUUUAGCUCGCAGGAUCUUCUCUAAGAUCGGUGUGGAUAACACCAAGGUUCUAGAAGCAACAGAGAAGUUCAUUCAACGCCAACCAAAGGUGUAUGGAGAAUCUGCUGGUUCGAUGUUGGGGCGUGAUUUGGAAGGUCUGUUUCAGAGAGCAAGACAGUUUAAGAAAGACUUGGGGGACUCUUAUGUCUCAGUGGAGCAUUUGGUUCUUGCUUUUGCCGAAGAUAAGCGGUUUGGGAAACAGUUGUUUAAGGAUUUUCAGAUAUCAGAGAAGAGCUUGAAAACUGCAAUUGAAUCCAUUAGAGGGAAACAAUCAGUUAUUGACCAAGAUCCGGAGGGUAAGUAUGAGGCGUUAGAGAAGUAUGGAAAAGAUUUAACAGCAAUGGCGAGAGAAGGAAAACUCGAUCCUGUGAUUGGUAGAGAUGAUGAGAUCCGUAGAUGUAUUCAGAUUCUCUCGAGGAGAACAAAGAACAAUCCUGUGUUGAUCGGUGAACCUGGUGUUGGUAAAACCGCAAUUUCAGAAGGACUUGCUCAGAGGAUUGUGCAAGGAGAUGUACCUCAAGCAUUGAUGAACAGAAAGUUGAUAUCGCUCGAUAUGGGUGCACUCAUUGCUGGAGCAAAAUAUCGAGGAGAAUUUGAAGAUAGACUAAAGGCUGUACUUAAGGAAGUCACAGACUCAGAAGGCCAAACCGUUUUGUUCAUCGAUGAGAUCCACACAGUUGUUGGUGCAGGUGCAACUAAUGGGGCGAUGGAUGCUGGUAAUUUGCUGAAACCGAUGCUGGGUCGAGGAGAGCUACGUUGUAUCGGUGCUACAACGCUUGAUGAAUAUAGGAAGUACAUAGAGAAAGAUCCAGCCUUGGAACGUAGGUUUCAACAGGUAUAUGUUGAUCAACCUACGGUUGAAGACACGGUCUCUAUUCUCCGUGGUUUGCGGGAAAGGUAUGAGCUACAUCACGGAGUUCGCAUCUCGGAUAGUGCUCUAGUGGAAGCUGCUAUUCUCUCUGACCGUUACAUCAGUGGCCGGUUUCUACCUGAUAAAGCAAUUGACUUGGUUGAUGAAGCGGCAGCGAAAUUGAAAAUGGAAAUCACUUCGAAACCGACAGCUCUUGACGAGCUUGACCGAGCAGUGAUUAAGCUCGAAAUGGAGAGGCUUUCACUCACUAAUGACACAGACAAAGCUUCUAGAGAGAGAUUAAGUCGGAUUGAAUCAGAGUUAUUGUUACUAAAGGAGAAGCAAGCUGAGUUAACCGAACAGUGGGAACACGAGAGGUCUGUUAUGUCCCGUCUUCAAUCAAUCAAAGAGGAGAUAGAUCGAGUGAACCUCGAGAUCCAGCAAGCGGAACGUGAAUACGAUCUUAACCGUGCAGCUGAGCUCAAAUAUGGAAGCUUAAACUCGUUGCAACGACAACUAAAUGAAGCAGAGAAAGAGCUUAACGAAUACUUAAGCUCCGGGAAAUCGAUGUUUAGAGAAGAGGUUUUGGGUAGUGAUAUUGCCGAGAUUGUGAGUAAAUGGACUGGAAUCCCAGUAUCGAAGCUUCAACAAUCAGAGAGAGAUAAACUUUUACAUUUGGAAGAAGAAUUGCAUAAGCGAGUGGUUGGUCAAAACCCAGCAGUGACCGCGGUAGCUGAAGCGAUCCAACGAUCAAGAGCUGGUCUUUCAGAUCCAGGCCGUCCAAUAGCAAGUUUUAUGUUUAUGGGACCAACUGGUGUUGGUAAAACCGAGCUAGCCAAAGCACUUGCGUCCUAUCUGUUCAACACAGAAGAAUCUUUAGUGAGAAUCGACAUGAGUGAGUACAUGGAGAAACAUGCUGUGUCUAGACUCAUUGGAGCUCCACCUGGAUAUGUCGGAUACGAAGAAGGAGGUCAGUUAACAGAAACGGUUAGAAGAAGGCCUUACUCGGUUAUCCUCUUCGAUGAGAUAGAGAAAGCUCAUGGCGAUGUCUUCAAUGUGUUUCUCCAAAUCUUGGAUGAUGGGCGAGUCACGGAUUCUCAAGGACGUACAGUGAGUUUCACCAACACCGUUAUCAUUAUGACCUCGAAUGUUGGUUCGCAGUUUAUUCUGAACAACACAGAUGAUGAUGCAAACGAGCUCGCUUAUGAAACAAUUAAACAGAGAGUGAUGGAUGCUGCAAGAUCGAUCUUUCGUCCUGAAUUCAUGAAUAGGGUUGAUGAGUAUAUAGUUUUCCAACCUCUUGACCGCGAGCAGAUCAACAGCAUUGUCCGGUUACAGUUGGCGCGCGUGCAGAAGAGAAUUGCAGACAGGAAAAUGAAGAUAGACAUCACAGAUGCAGCAGUAGAUCUUCUUGGAAGCCUUGGGUAUGAUCCUAACUAUGGAGCUAGACCUGUCAAGCGUGUGAUACAGCAAAACAUUGAGAACGAGCUCGCUAAAGGUAUCUUGAGAGGAGAUUUCAAGGAAGAAGAUGGCAUUUUGAUUGAUACCGAGGUUACAGCGUUCUCCAAUGGUCAGUUACCUCAGCAGAAACUCACAUUCAAAAAGAUCGAGGCAGAAACAGCAGACGCAGGAGAUGUAGAAGAAGCUUUCUCAAAACAUAGCAUUUGA